CGGUUUACUCGAAAGAGCUCCCCCCCCCCUGCUGCGCCUAGGAGCUAGGAUAAUAAUCUGUUUCGGUAUUUAAUAAUGUUGGAUUAGCCCUUCUGGUUUGAAAAGUUUGGGCCCGUCCAGAUUAAUUACAAACAAUCCAGCAGUACCGGGGCAAAUCUUCUCAAACGUUUACAUGUGUACCUUACUAGUCUAAUUUAUUACAUUUGUACAUUUGUACAAGAUUUUUUGAGUUGGUGAGAUAAACCUCUAGACCCGAAAGUGGGUGGGUGGUAGGGAGGCUAAACUAUAAUUACAUUACAAGAUGUCUUGAACUUUUGCUUCAAUCACUUAUUGAAACUAAAUGAAUGGCCUCUGCCACGUGUUAGGCGGUAUAUAUAGCGUUGAUUAUAAACUAGAAUAUGAUAUGGCCAACUGAUAACUAUAAUCCUACGCGCGUCAAAUUAAGCAUUUUAAACGAAGUGCAAAAUCAAUCAGUGAUGCACCACUCUGGGUUGUUUACAUUUAAAUGGGACUCUGAGCUUGUCCCAGGCCAGAUUAAAUCUUUUUUUUUUAAUCUCAUUAUUAUAUCGAGGGAAAUAAUAAUAAAUUUGUUUCUACUUUAAUGUCUAAGAAUGUUAUUGUUCUUUUUUGUUAUUAAGGGAGGACGACCGGACGAUUUUACAAACUUGUCAACAGUUGGGUGCUAAGUCAGAAACGUUCCAACACAUAGCAAACAGUCUGAAAAAUAAAACUGCAGCCGAGGUAAGCGCAUUAAGACGGCAUAUGUCAUUCACGUCAAUGUGAAUUGACAGCUGUCAUAAUGGUCUAAUCCUGUAUUGUAUGGCCGUUUUGUGGACUCAGGAACCACACUCAUAACGGUCACGUAUUUCUUUGGUAAUCCACUGGCCUGUUAGUAAUUUUUCAUUCAAAGAAGACUCUUGGUAUUCAUCAGGUGCUCCCCUUUUAGGCUGACUAAAUCCAUACAUUAGUUUACCACUUAAGAAAAAUGUAAAUGACGAAAAUGCCAUGAAGUCAUCUCAGAUUCUCAUUUCGCCCUUGUCUGAUUUUUCGAUUUGUCAACGUUCACUCAGUGGUUUUGCUGCCUCUUUUUUUUUUUACUUCUUCCCCGUUUCUUUUUUUUUUCUUUCAGCUCUUGUCGGCCUUCUUUCGUUGAAUCAAUUAUAUCUUUUAUAUUUUUUCUUUCAGGUCCAAAAACGUUUCAUGGAUCUACUGAACCUUUUUAAGGCUAGUAGUGGCGAUGGAACAAGGAAAUCCACAAACGAAGAUUCUUGCAGUGAAGAUGAAGCCGAAGACGAAGAAGACAGUGAAACAAUUGGCGAAUCAGACGGUGAACAGGCCCACGACGCCUAGCCCAACUUCGGUGAUGUAGACAUCAUUGUUACAUUCAACGGUUAAUCUGCUUCAGUUGGUAUCCAUCAGUGAGCAAACUAAAAAAGACUACAAUUGUUGAUAUUGAGCUAAAUCGAGAUAACAAAGGAUAAAGCGUUGGAUAUUCUGAAAAUAUAAGAACUAUCAUGCUCGUUAAUAGCAGACGCAGUUCGGGUGCAAAUUUAAACGUACUGAUAUUUAGACAGCAUUUGGCAGGUAAUAAAUUCAUUCGUUCGAACUCAGGAACAGAAAAUCCCAAUCACUGUUUAGUGCUAAUGCACGUAGCAUAAAACAGGGGCACCCAACGGCAAUUUUCGCGAAAAUAUCUGUUCGGAAGACGAUUUGAGAUCUAGAAUUUUCGGAGCAUUUGUUGUAAAAUUUCUUGCUUGCCUGCCUCUCCUAGGAUUUUCGAACAUCUACAAAAUGGUAUAAUUACCCAUUUUUGACGGAUUUUGAUCCUAAAAAAGGCCACCUAGAAUUUUCGGGAGCCUUUUCCUGGCUGAAAUUUUCCAUAAGGUAAGUUGUUAUCCCUAUAAUUUUCGGGUCAUUAGACUUUCAGCUAGGAAAUCCGAACAGAUGAAAAGUUUUUAGGGGAUAAAAAUUUGCCUAUGUCUACCGUUUGAAUCAGCUAAACUAUAUCCUCGUUGGGUGCCCCUGAUAAAAUACCAAAACACUUCAGUUGGUUGAAGUUAGACUUCGUUUAAGAUAAGAAAUACUCCACAGAGUUAAUUGUAAACAAAGUGUUUUGUUAGAAGGGAAAAGACCGCAGUACCACUGACAGUGUGUUAAUGUUCGAUAUACAUCCUACUAUUGCUAAUGGUCAAGAUGGAAUUUAUAGAACAUAACCAAGUUGCAUUCUGAACAGCAUCAAGUAUGUAUAGAAUUCCACACGCGUGUACUACGUCAAUCAAACUUCUCACUAGUAGACCCCUACCCUUGGGACCAGAAAUAGUGUCUUCUCACGGGAGAUGUUAGUCACAGAAAGUAAGGUUCGUUGUUAUAGCAACGAAAUUUCAUAGGUAGACUGAAGAGAGCUAGACCUGUCUAAAAAACAUUUCCAUCUCUUUUCGAGGCGAUCAUUCGUUGAAAUUUAGUGAAAAUAAAUUAAUCUAAGGAAAAAUAAUUAUUAAUAAAGGCGAAUGUUGUAUAUUCUGGCGGUGGUGAAUGGUGAUUGUCGUCCCCAGAGCCGCAGGAGCCUGGGCACGAUUUGUUUGGCGGAGUCACCACAACAGCUGUCGAAAAUUUCUGUGCCUCCCCUCCCCCGCAAACCAGACCCAUAGUAGAUGGUGUCAUCACAAAGGGUGUAGACAUCUUAUUCUCUUUUCAAAGAGGAGUGAGGAAUCUUGUUUUUUCUCUUCGAAUUGUCAAGGUAUUAAAAUGAAGGAGAAAAGCAUUGUGGCAGCCAGUGACAAAUGACGCAAUCAUCACAACCAGCAAGGUCUUGCGCGAGUUCUUUGAGUUCUAAACUAAUGCAGAAACGCUUGCUAUGCAGGCCAAUCAGGUUUUGAAAGGCUUUCGAGGUAUAAAUCAACCUUUCUCCAUAUACGGUUUUCUCCUCCGUUUUGCGCGCGUGGGCGACCUUUCUACACUGGAUAUCGAUCGAUAACAUAACAGCGAGUAUAAAUAGCACAACAAAGUUGGCAAGAUCCCCAUAUUCAUGAUGUGGUAUCGAGUAACAAGCGGAAACAACUGUCAUAUUACAACAAACCCAUCAUUGUUCUUGUGCAGCCUACUGAAUUGUAAUCACAACAAACGAUGGCUUCUCAAAAGAAACGUUUGCCUUCCUUUGCUUCGAUUAUUUCUGUUUUUUAACGAUUGUUCUUUACGGAGCCGGUUUUCUGAGAGUAGAAUUUGAGCUGAACGAACAAAGGAAGAGAAUAUAUGCUCUUGAAAACACUGAGGAGACUGAGCCGUCCGAUGCUCCAAACAGGAAUGCUGGCGGUAAGUUUGUAUUUAAUAUGGUUUAAUAGUUUACAGAAAACACCUCAAACAGAAUUUGCUAUUCUAGUAGCUUUUUCAUUCUUUUUUUCUAAAAAGCAAAUCUUGUGAGUCCAGAAAAUUUUGCAUAUAGAUAUCUUGUCUUAGUGUGCUCGUCGCGUGGCGCCGAGACAAACGAAAGCAGCGAAGGUGAACAGGUCAAGGAAAUAGCAUUAAAACAUGUUUUUUUAAAGAAAGAUUUAAAUAAAAUCGAUCCUAUGAUGAACUUUGUUUCUCAACAGUAAAUGUUGGCUACUUAGUGAAUUGCCUUGUUGUGCUCAAGGACAGCUGAAAUUGAAAAACGAACACGGAAAUGAUAUUUUUGAUGGGGAGGGGUUUCUUUUGCAGCAGAGCUCCAAAAACGCGCUUGUGAACUUUCCUUACUUCGUUCUUAUCUAAUCAGAUACUUGGAACGACUUUAAUACCCUGGAGAGAUUUUAAACAAUUGUUACCCAACAUUUUGGAGGGUAAACAAGGUAUAUUGACUUUAGUGUGGGUGUAUGACACAAUUACUUAGCAUUAGAUUUGCGAGUUAUGAAGGUCAAACCAGGCCAAACUCGUUCAAAUUCUAGCUUUAUUUAUCGGAGAAGAACAAGCGUUUUCCCUAUUUGGCGAAAAAGAUGAUUGACCCUGUCAAUCAGGAGGAUAGUGUUUUCGCUUUCUCAGAUCUUGAAAGCUUAGAUAGUUUAAACAAGAGAGAAUGAUUCUCUCUUGGUUUAAAUUAUGGGGGAUAAAAAGUGUGAUCAUUGAGGCGGGCAAGAGGGCUUCCUUCCCCCCCCCCCCCCCCUUUUUCCUUGGCUACCAAUAAUCCGAGUUAACUCUAGUAAGUCUCAUAAAAACCAGGUAGACAGAGUCCUCUGACCAGAUUUUUAGCACUUACCCGAGAAAUGUUCUUUGUAGAAUCUAAAUAUUUCAAGCUUACUAGGAACAGACGCGUAGCCGAUGCAAUGAAAAACACCACAGGAGCUAGAAACACAGUAGACAUGGAAACGGUUCUGAAAAUCAGCAAACUUUUUUCUGAGUUGAAACCUCAACUCUGUCAUUCAAAUGGCGUCACAUGUCCUCCAGGCCCUCCCGGUCUACCAGGACCAAAGGGAGACAAAGGAUCCCGGGGACGAAGAGGACAGAAAGGACGAACAGGAAACAGAGGAGAUCAAGGCAUUGUGGGAUCGCCCGGAAUGAGCGGAAAGCAAGGCAUCAUGGGACCUGUAGGUCCGAAGGGUGAUGUUGGACUCAAGGGACAAAAAGGAGACAUAGGACCUGCAGGCAUGCCGGGAGCUAAAGGAGAAUCUGGUGAAUCGAUUUCAGCUCCUGUCAUUGCUGUGUCCCCUAAAACGCUGACAGUUAACGAAGGUGGAUCAGCUUCGUUUCAGUGUUCAGUGAGUGGUAAUCCUAAACCUGCAAUCAAUUGGAGUAAACGGAACAGUCUGUCACAAAUAAGCAAAUCAUUGGCUGCAGAAGGAAAGUUGCUUCUUAUGAAUGUCCGAGGAAGUGAUUCGGGUACAUAUAACUGUUCAGCGGUUAACAUUUUAGGACAGGCGCAGGCACUGGUACAGCUGAUAGUAAAUGGUAAGACCUUUUUGAAAUUAAAAAAAAAAAGAAUGAAUGGUAAGAAACCAGUUUCGAAUACUCUGCUGUCCUUACAUUUUGCGUCGGAUAAAUUUUUUCAAAACAUAGUAAAAAAAAGGUUACAAAACUGAAUAUCAUAACUAUGUUGUUGUUUUUUUUCUUCAGAACUAUUUAUGCCUUUCUCAUGGCUUAGUCAGCUCUAUCGUAAAAUCUAGCCUUAAAAUCCUAGAAUCCUCUUAUCAAUAAAACGAAUUGAAAGCAAAUCAGUCAAAAUAUUUUAUCUGUUUCAGUUCACCCUCGAGUUUCCCUUCAUCCGGGACCUCAUCACGCUAUUGAAGGAAGUAGUUAUACUCUUCCAUCCUGUCACGUGACUGGGUAUCCCGCACCUGUGGUCUCAUGGAGAAAGUCAUCCGGUCUAUUACCCCAGGGAAGGGUGAAGUACAACAACAGUGCAUUACAAAUUCUUCAUCUUCGUAAAGGUGACUCUGACUUUUACUUUUGUGCGGCAACAAACCUGUUGGGACGCGUUGAAAAGAACACACUCUUAGUUGUUGUCUCUCCUCCUCGGUUCACUGUUAAACCACCUGCUAAAGUUAUUGCACUAGUCGGAGGAACUUUGAAGUUAAAUUGCAGCGCUACUGGUGAUCCUCGACCAGUCAUCAGGUGGAAAAAACAAGGAGGUCAACUUCCCUUUGGGCGGAGUCAACAGAUUAAUGGAGAUUUGGUGAUAAGAGACAUAUCAAGGAGCGAUAGAGGAAAUUACAUUUGUAUGGCAACGAAUGCAGGAGUGUUUAAAGCUGAGACAGGCACCUACACUGAAGUUAAAGGUGCGAUUUUAUAACGUUUAGAAUAUAAGCAUUUUAGAAGAGUAGUAAACGUAGAUUUAAUCCAAUUUUGCGUUCUGCUUUUAAAGGGGCGGAGGGGAGAGAAAAGUUCCUUUUUCUUUCAGAGGUACUGAUUUGGACAUAUUUUGGAGACGUUUAGGCAGACAGAUGAUUGCUAUGAUUAUCAGAUAAACGGUUUUACAUGAAGUCAGUGAGUUCAAGUGAUUUUCAGAGCGAGUGUGCGAUUUGUUCGCAUAAAGUUCUGAAGCCGUUGAAAUCAAGUAACGGUUUUUUAUUUUACUUUCGAUAAAGUACUCCUGCUAUUUUUAGUUAUAUACAUAAUUUUCAUGCAUCUGUUUUGUUUUGUUUUACCUUUUGAAGAACGUGUCUCUUCAUCCACUAUUCUUAGCAGCCUUGACAGCAAGUACCUCAUUAAGUUGAAUUCAUAUUUAGACCCAGUCCUUCAGAGUCCAGGUCGCAGUAGGUUUGUGAGGUGUUGGCACGCUAAGACUGAUGGUUGGGCGACAUCAACAUUCCACAGCAACUGUGAUGGAAAGGGUCCCACUGUAACCAUCGUCCAAGUCGGUAGUUACAUAUUUGGUGGAUACACUGACAAGUCUUGGGGUGGUAUGUAUCAUUUCAUAAACGCCUUAAUCGCACACAGAUGUUCAGCGUUUUCGUGUGGACGGGGGCGAAAACGAUUCUAAUACGCUUCGCGUAGACGCUUACUUUUUGUGAAAAAGCGGCGAUAAAUUUCUCCAUUUUCCUAAAACAUCCCGAUACAUGUGGACUGGACGUAAAACCAGCGUAUACGUUGCACAAAAACGCCGUUUAUGUGUGAAAGGAACGCAGAAUUCGGACCAAAAAAACCCUCCGUUUUCAAAAAAUUAUAUCCGGAUACGUGUGGAUAAGACCUCUUUAACAAGCAUAUUAGCAACAGACACCGUUGGCAUAAGGAGAUGGUUAAAAAUACAACAACAAUAACUAAGCCGCAUGGGCUGUUUUAUUUCCAUUUUUUUUCUCUCUGGAGUAUUCUGUUUGUCUCUUAAAAUGCUUUGAUAAACGGUUUGAAAGUAUUGAAAUGCUUUCACACCAAACAAUUGGUAAAAAGUUGUAAUGUUGAUGUCCGUGACAGAUUGUUCUAAUGGAUCCAAAUGAAAUAACUAACUUGUUAAGUAAAUGAAUACCAAAGCGAACAUGCCUGAAAUUUCAUUUUUUUCUACAAGAGUUUACUAGUAGCUUUAUAAUGUACAGAACAGUACUUUUUGAAAACUUGACUUAUUUUAGGUGAGGACUGGUGUAUUGCCUCGCUUUGUUAAUCAUUAUAGCAUAUUCUAUCAAAAAGGUUCUAAAGCGAAAAACAUCCAGCUUCGAACACAUAUUUAUAGCUGCCAUUGUCACCCUUGCUACUUAUUAAAAUGUUUUGAAUAAUUUAAAUUAAUAUCUGAAAAAUGUUUUUCCACAGGUUCUUGUCGUUAUGUCUAUUCAAGUAAAUCGUUCCUGUUCUCGUUAUAUAACAUCAAUGGCUACGCUCCUGUGAACAUCAAGUCAAGUAGUUAUAGUAAAGCUAUUUACACAUGUUCUGAUAGGGGACCAUCCUUUGGUGGCGGACACGACCUGCACAUACACAACAACGCUGCAAGCAACAGGAAUUCCUACACUAACUGUGGCUACUCCUACCUCCUCCCCCCUGGGUACUCUGCGUCUUACUCUUCCUGUAGAUUUUAUGCAGGUGGAUCCAGCUACCAAUUCACUCCCACUGAUGUUGAAGUGUUUUACGAGACAAUAACUUAA